AUGUCCUGCUGCAAGCCCUGUGACCCUUGCUGCCAGCCCUGUGGGCCCUGCCCGCUGGCCAGCAGCUGCAAUGAGUGCUGUGUCAGGCAGUGCCAGAGCUCCCACGUUGUCAUUGAGCCACCUGCUGUGCUGGUGACCCUGCCUGGGCCCAUCCUCAGCUCCUCUCCACAGAACACCGCCGUGGGAUCCUCCACCUCUGCUGCUGUUGGCAACAUCCUCAGCUGUGGCGGAGUGCCCAUCAGCUCUGGGGGCUUUGACAUCUCCUGCAUCACCAACUGCUAUGGUGGCAACAGAUGCCGUCCCUGCUAAAUCUGCCAGCAACCUCCUCGGGAAAGAAUCUUCCAAAUCUCCGAACCUGGCUCUGGUCAGGGCCUAGAGCUUUGGGAUAUUUUCUUUACAGCUUCGUGGCAUUGUGGCAUUGUUCCCUUCUUUUACCCUUCUCUUUAUUUCCUUUGCUCCCCUUAUCUUCCCAAAUCAGCAUAGAGAUGUGUUGUCCUCCCUCCCUCAUUAGGACAGGGUGGUGGACACCCUGCAGAAACUCCUCUGCUCCUUAGUGGCUGCUGCUGUUGCUCUCUGGGCACCACUCCCUUUUCUUCUUUCAACUCAAUAAAGUUGUUUUGCAUCCAA